CAGGAAGCUGUCCAGGAAGAUGCCUUUCAAGUGGAAAUGGUAGUAGAGGUAUCAUUUAAUUAAAGCUCUUACAGGACGGCAUUUCUACAUCAGAUAUAAUCGACGAACGGAAAUCGAUCAAGGUGAAUCGCAGACGUUUUGUUAUCGUCUUCUUCCGGAAGCAUCCAUUAAACAGAAAACAGAGGUGGUGGCAGCACAAUGGGGAUCACCAAACUGGCUGCGUUGAUCCGCACCGAUGCUCCCAAUGCCAUUUCUCAUAAAGAUAUCAGCUACUACACAGGAAAAGUAAUUGCACUGGAUACCUCCAUUAUUGUGAACCAGUUCCGUGCAGCGACACCUAUGCUAAGCCCCCUGACAGGCCUUUUCUUCCGUACUCUCACCUUCCUGGAGCAUGACAUAAAACCAGUCUUUGUGUUUGACGGAAAACCUCCUGGGGAAAAGUCAGCUGUUCUGGAGAAGCGAGCUGAGGCAGCUGGUUGGAGAUCCACCAACCGCACCGGUGCAGCAUCAUCCCAGACCAAAGAUUGUCUCCAUCUCCUGAAGCUUCUUGGUGUUCCGUUCAUUCAGGCUCCAGGGGAAGCUGAGGCACUGUGUGCCCAGCUGGUGAGAGAGGGGACUGUGGACGCGGUGGCAUCAGAAGAUAUGGACACACUGCCGUUCGGAGCCAGUGUUCUUAUUCGCCAACUGAACGCCAAGAGGGACAGUGAAGUAAUUGAAUAUUCUUUGCCCAAGCUGUUAGAGAAACUCCAAAUUAAUCAUGAGGAGUUUGUUGACCUGUGUAUUCUGUUGGGCUGUGACUACUGUGACAAGAUAAGCGGUUUGGGUCCUAAGAGAGCUCUGACGCUGAUCCAGAAACACCGAACUAUUGAGAACGUAGUUUUGCAUGUCAACAGAAAGACCCAUCCUGUGCCAUGUUUAUGGAAGUACAAAGAAGCACGGAAGUUAUUCUUGGACGUGCCACAGACUGUAGCUCCUGAACUCACCUGGACUGAGCCUGAUGAAGAGGGCUUGGUUGGGUUUCUCUGUCACGCCAAACAUGUAAAAGUGGAGAGGGUCCGUCGUCGAAUGGAGAGGUUCCGUCAGACACGGGACAGCUGGCGAAAGGAGCGGGAAAAGGAAAAAGCAGAGGGGCAUAGCAGGCAAACCCGAAUGGAGGACUUCUUUAGAGUUACCAGAAAGAGGGAGCAGCCUAAAGAAGCUGCAGACUCUUCGAGCAGCAACAGAAAGAGACCAAAGUCAAAAUAAGGCCGCCAUCAUCUGUUGCUUGUUGUCUCCACUGACAGAGGAAGGAAGUUCUUUUCAUUCACCUCCCUUUCCAAAUAUCUCAAAAUGUUAUGUGCAAAUAUUUUGACAGUCCUCAAAUCUGUGAUUCCAAUAUUGGAAUUUAUACCCGAAAAUAAUUUCAUUUUUAUUACACUAUCAUGUCAGUGUUUGACCAUCCAAUCCCUUUUUUUAUUUUGAAAUUUAUUUUCUGUAACACUAAUAAUCCAGAAAUUUUAACUGUUUCAGAGGCAACAGCUUUCCAUGAUAGAUAAUGUUUUGCAUUUACACUGAGUUAUGGACUGUGUUAUUCCAAGUGCCUUGAGUUUCCACUCAAUUUUAAAAGAAGCCAAAAUAGUCAUCUUGCAAGACACUGACUUAAAGUCUUUGUCUGUGCUUGGGAGCACCACCCCCACUGACAAUACAAUAAUCUGAUCUCGUCUGAACAGCAGUGUCCACGACAAUGCAGUUCACUGAGCAGUUCUUCAGUGCAUCCAGCAGUUUCCUGCGAAGCCACCAAGAGAAGCAGAGCAAGUGGUGGACGGCUAUGAAAGAGAACAGUGUGAUCACUGUCGGGAAGGACUUCCCCUUCGCCAGAACUGGAGACAGGGGAUGUCUCAUCACUAGAUAUUCAAUGAGCACCUGUUGAGUAAGGGGUGCCAAGGCUGGGACCAGAGACUUGAAUUUUAAAACAUGUACUAAAGUUCUAUCAUGUGUAAAAGAGAUAGUGAGAUGUUUCAGUCCAUUUAAAGAAGAGUAUUUUCCUUUAUUUUGGAGAGGACAGAUUACAGAACUGUAUGUUUUAUAUUAUGAUUGUAUUUGUAUAUAUAACACACAUGCUGUUCCACCUUUUUAAAUUAAAAUAAUGUUUAACUUAA